AUGGCGGAUCCGGGCUCGAGCGAGGCGCAAGGCGAGGCGGGUUUGAAGGAGCGCGGCAACGCGGAGUUUAAGGCGAAGAACUUCCUCAAGGCGGCGGCGCUCUACACGCAGGCCAUUAAAGAGGCGCCUGACAACCACGCGCUCUACAGCAAUCGGUCGGCGGCGUUCCUGCAGCUGUCGAAGCUCACCAAGGCGCUGGCGGACGCGGAGGCCGCCAUCCGCCUCAACCCCGCGUGGGAGAAGGGCUACUACCGCAAGGGCUGUGCGUUGGAGGCCAUGAAGCGCUACGACGAGGCGUUGGAGGCGUUCAGGGAGGCGGCGGAGAGGAGCCCCGGCAGUGAGUCCAAGGCAGGUGAGUCCAACGCAGGUGAGUCCAAGGCAGGUGAGUCCAACGCAGGUGAGUCCAAGGCAGGUGAGUCCAACGCAGGUGAGUCCAACGCAGGUGAGUCCCACGCAGGUGAGUCCAACGCAGGUGAGUCCAUCGCAGGUGAGUCCAACGCAGGUGAGUCCAACGCAGGUGAGUCCAAUGCAGGUGAGUCCAACGCAGGUGAGUCCAACGCAGGUGAGCCCCCUAUCGACCUCCCCCCCUAUCGACCUCGCCCCCUAUCGGCGUCGCCCCCUAUCGGCGUGGCCGCCUAUCGGCAUGACCUCGCUUUGCUCCCACCCGUUCAUUCCCAUGCCUCUCUCAUAAUCCUCUCACCAUGCCUCUCUCAUAAUCCUCUCACCAUGCCUCUGCCACCCGCUCCCUUCCUCUCUCCCACUGCCCUCACUUCCACCUUCAUCAAUCUCCUCUGUAUGCGCCCUUCCCCUCUCCUUCACUUCCCCCUCAUCCUCCACGCUCUCCUCUCUCAUCUCACCAACCCCUGCCUCCCUUUUCGCCCGAAUGGACCGUCUCCUCAUGCACCCUGCUCUGCCCGUGACUCCUUGCCUUCUUCCCCCCUCCCCCCUCCCCUCCUAGUGUAA